AUGCACACCCUACCAGUGACCAAUCCCCUCCGUAGGAGCACAGCUCAGAUCAAGAAAUUCAGAAGAUACCACCGCUCGCCGUUGUAUCAGGUCGCAGAUGCGCUGAAAAGCAUUGAGAUGGAAACACUGGAAACCAUCAAUCCAUUCACAUUGGCACCAUGGGAGGAACGUGUACAGGGCGAUGGUCAGGAUUUACCAGAGACACAGACCGAAACGGGCGGAGUCAUGCGGAUCGCGGUCAGCAGUUCGGCGCGGAAUGAGAUGGUAGGAUUCGGCGUGGCGAUUGAGAAGCAGCCCCCUCGGUACCGAAAACCGAGGCUGAAGACCUUCUCCGUCCCACUGGGUGCAAGAACUGAGCAGAACCCAUACUCUGGGGAGCUGGCAGCAAUGGCACACUCACUGAACACGCUACGCGGACUGAAACGGUGCAGAGUCAUGCUGCUCACGAGCAAUAAAGCGGCGACACUUACGCUGAAGAACCCCCGUCAGCAGUCGGGCCAGGAACACAUCUGCCAGAUAUACAAGUUGAUGCAAAGACUACGGAGACACGAAAACCGGAUGGACAUCCGCUGGAUUCCAACUAGCGAGAAGAAUCAAUUGUUGGGCCUGGCGAAAGAACAGGCCAGGGACGCAACGCAAGAGGACACUAUCCCACAAGCACAGGCCCCCCGAAUGAAGUCGACCACCCUGAACAUUGCACGAUCCCAAGUCGCAGCCGGUCAGUGCUUGCCGGAGAACGUUGGCAGAUAUUCCAAACGAGUGGAUGCAGCGCUCCCAGGGAAACACACCCGGAAGCUGUACGAUCGAUUAUCGUGGAAAGAAGCGAGCGUGCUGGCUCAACUCCGGACUGGCAUGGCUAGAUUAAACGGAUAUCUCUAUCGGAUCAAUGUCGCAGAGACGGAACAAUGCGCCUGUGGACAAGCAAGAGAGACCGUGGAGCACUUCCUCUUUCGAUGCCAGAAGUGGACCACGCACCGGACGGAAAUGCUGCAAUGUACCCAUACUCACCGAGGCAACAUUUUUUUUUUCCUGGGCGGAAAAUCGCCUUUGGAUGGCCAGAACUGGAAGCCAAAUUUGGAAGCAGUGCGAGCCACUAUACGGUUUGCAAUCGCCACGGGCCGACUCGACGCCACUUAA